CGGAGCAGCAGCAGCGGAGCGCACCCAGAGUGCACAGCCGGCUGGGGGCCCCCGCGGACACCCCCACCUCCUCGCACACAGCCCCGCACGACGUCCCUACUGAGGCCCAGCCUCCCGCACCCCUCAGCCGCCCGCCCGAACUGCUCCUGGAGCCCGAGAGAGGUGCCAUGCGGAGCGCACUGAGCCGAUGCGUUGUGGCCCGCGCCCUGGUCCUGGCCGGCCUCUGGCUGACCUCGGCCGGGGGCCCCCUAGCUCAUUCGGACGCUGGGCCGCAUGUGCACUACGGCUGGGGGGAGUCCAUCCGCCUGCGGCACUUGUACACCUCCGGCCCCCACGGCCCAUCCAGCUGCUUCCUGCGCAUCCGCGCCGACGGCGCAGUGGACUGCGCGCGGGGCCAGAGCGCGCACAGUUUGGUGGAAAUCAGGGCAGUCGCCUUGCGGAAAGUGGCCAUCAAGGGCGUGCACAGCCUCCUGUACCUCUGUAUGGGGGUCGACGGCAGGAUGCUAGGGCUGCCUCAGUUCUCGCCCGAGGACUGCGCUUUCGAGGAGGAGAUCCGCCCCGACGGCUACAACGUUUACCGGUCCAAGAAGCACCAGCUGCCCGUCUCUCUGAGCAGCGCCAGACAGAGGCAACUGUACAAGGACCGGGGCUUCCUGCCGCUGUCCCACUUCCUGCCCAUGCUGCCCAGGAGCCCGGCAGAACCUGAACACCUCGAGGACCCCUCGGAGCCCGACACGUUUCCUUCGCCCCUGGAGACCGACAGCAUGGACCCUUUUGGGAUCGCCAACAAACUGAGCCUGGUGAAAAGUCCCAGCUUCCAGAAGUAACCGAGGCUCUGCCCACCCCCCACCCCUGCCCCCCAGGCCAGGACCCAGGGCCUGUGGUGCUUGCAGAGCGGGCUCUGACCCUGCUUCUACAAGCACGAUCCUGGGCCUGUGUCCUAUUUAGCUCUGAGAAGAAACAUUUAGAACCUGUACAUAGUUUGACACUGAUUGUGCCAGUUUCUAGGAGAUAGACCUGUAGGGUUAUAAAAUUGUAAGUCCUUCACCCCCCUUCCCACCUCCCGGGUGCUACUCUAGCUCCCUACCCUGAAUUUGGUCAUUGCUGGACAAGUGCUUUCCAUGCGCUGCCCCAGUUCUACUUGAAUACCUCCACUGAUGAGAAACUCAUUCUCUUUGGGAAAGUCCUUAAGGCAGGCUGAAAAUCUCUGCAGAUUUCUACCGUAAUCUCCAGCAGGGGCAGCCAGGAAGAAAGCACUCGUUUAAAAUUCACAUACAGGUGAUCAGCUCUGAGCGGCAGGCAAAUCUGACCCAACCACAAGGGAGAAUUGGUCCAGAUCUCAACUCCAGGCCCCUCCAACAGAAUCGACUGGGUCCAGGCAUGGCCCAGCAGGCUUCCCACACAGGGGAGCCCAGAGCCCCCUCCAGCCUGGGUGAAUGUUGAGAACUCGCCACGCUGGCUGGUUCCAGUGUGGACAGCCUGCCGGGCUACUUGGCAGUUCACCUCCUGCCCCUGGCCCUCUCCUGGCAGCCAGCACCCUGUACGCAGCCAGUAAUUGCCGGGUUUCCCUUAAGGCAACCAGCCAUCCUGUCACCUGUUCAGAGGGACAGGACAUGAAGGCACAGUCCCAGCAGCCCUUCCUUGCCACAGUGACGGGUUUCCAGGGAAUCGGAUUUGAUCAGGUAGUGGGGUUCACGUGAGGGCCUUUGAGACGGACCCCUCCUCCGCCAGCCUCCCCCUGCCCCCGCUGUCCUCCCUCCCAGUUCUCCCGUCACCUUGGGGCUCUUGGCACCCACUUGAGUGCUGUGGAUAUUGACCCAAAGAACAGGCGCGCAAGCUGCUUCCAUUUCCCAGCCCUGUGCCCCGGCACCGAGUCACUGUGUGUGGGGGCCGGCAGCUUCCGACCCUGGGUGAACCCACAAGGUUCACUCAAAAGCCAGAAAAAGAAGAUUCGAAAGCCCCAGAUCUUGCCAGUGGCUCGUGAAAACAGCGGGGACCAUGACUUCCCAGCACUUAGUUGCCAACGUGAUAUUUACAGCUAAUUUAUUUUGAUGGGCACCUCUGUUUAUUUUCCUACAUUAUUUAUACCCCCAAAUUGUAUUCAUGUGUAUACAGGAGUUUGGGGCUUUUUUACAUUAAAGCAGACUUUGUAUCAA